CGCGAAGUUGUCAUUCAGGUAAGGUGCUGGCAAGCCGGUGGCAGAGAGUGCGGUGCUGUCAUGACAGAGGGAACGUGUCUGCGGCGGCGAGGGGGACCCUAUAAAACUGAGCCGGCCACUGACCUUACCCGCUGGCGGCUCCGCAACGAACUGGGUCGGCAGACAUGGACGUACUUCCAAGCGGAGGACGACCCUGGUCGAGAACAGACUGGGUUGGAGGCCCACUCUUUGGGACUGGACACAAAGAGUUAUUUCAAAGACUUCCCUAAAGCUCAAACAGCCCGUGAGGGGGCCCUGAACGGAGUAACAUUUUAUGCCAAGCUGCAGGCUGAGGAUGGACACUGGGCGGGUGAUUAUGGUGGACCCCUCUUCCUCUUGCCAGGUCUCCUGAUUACGUGCCAUGUGUCACACAUCCCUCUGCCAGCUGGAUACAGAGAGGAGAUAAUACGGUACCUGCGAUCAGUGCAGCUCCCCGAUGGCGGCUGGGGCCUGCAUGUUGAGGACAAAUCCACAGUGUUUGGGACUGCCCUGAACUAUGUGGCUCUCAGAAUCCUGGGUGUUGGGCCUGAUGAUCCUGACCUUGUACGUGCUCGGAACAUUCUUUACAAAAAAGGCGGUGCAGUGGCCAUCCCCUCCUGGGGGAAGUUCUGGCUGGCCAUCCUGAAUGUUUAUAGCUGGGAAGGACUCAAUACCCUAUUCCCUGAGAUGUGGUUGUUUCCUGAAUGGGUACCUGCACACCCCUCCACUCUCUGGUGUCACUGCCGGCAGGUCUAUCUACCCAUGAGCUACUGCUAUGCCACUCGGCUAAGUGCCUCAGAGGACCCACUGGUUCAGAGCCUCCGCCAGGAGCUCUACGUGGAGGAUUAUGACAGCAUUGAUUGGCCAGCACAGAAGAACAACGUGUCCCCAGAUGAGCUAUACACGCCACAUAGCUGGCUGCUGCAUGUGGUUUAUGGAAUCCUCAACCUGUAUGAACGUUUCCAUAGUACCAGCCUGCGGCAGCGGGCCAUCCGAAUGCUGUAUGAUCAUAUUGUUGCCGAUGACCGCUUCACUAAAUGCAUCAGCAUUGGCCCGAUCUCAAAAACCAUCAACAUGCUUGUUCGUUGGGCAGUGGAUGGGCCCUCCUCCCCUGCCUUCCAGGAGCACGUCUCUAGGAUCCCAGAUUACCUUUGGCUGGGCCUUGAUGGCAUGAAAAUGCAGGGCACCAAUGGAUCACAGAUCUGGGACACGUCAUUUGCUAUCCAAGCACUGUUGGAGGCAGGUGCACACCACAGACCUGAGUUUUUGCCCUGCCUGCAGAAGGCUCACGAAUUCCUGCGGCUUUCACAGGUCCCAGACAACCUUCCUGACUAUCAGAAGUAUUACCGCCAGAUGUGCAAGGGCGGUUUCUGCUUCAGCACACUGGACUGUGGCUGGAUCGUUGCCGACUGCACAGCCGAGGCUUUGAAGGCUGUGCUGCUCCUGCAGAAGGAGUGUCCCUUCAUCACCGAGCACAUCCCCCGAGAGCGGCUCUAUGACGCUGUGGCUGUGUUGUUGGGCAUGAGGAAUUCUGAUGGAGGAUUUGCUACCUACGAGACCAAGCGUGGGGGACAUUUGCUGGAGUUGCUGAACCCCUCAGAGGUCUUUGGAGACAUCAUGAUUGACUACACAUAUGUGGAGUGUACCUCAGCAGUGAUGCAGUCUCUGAAGCAUUUCCAUGAGCACUGUCCAGACCACAGGGCAGUAGAGAUCAGGGAGACCCUCAAGCAAGGCCUGGAGUUCUGCCGAAAGAUACAGAGAGCUGAUGGUUCCUGGGAGGGCUCCUGGGGGGUUUGUUUCACCUAUGGUACCUGGUUUGGCCUGGAAGCUUUCGCUUGCAUGGGGCAUACCUACCAAGAUGGGACUGCGUGUACAGAAGUGUCUCGGGCCUGCAACUUCCUCCUGUCCCAGCAGAUGGCAGAUGGAGGCUGGGGGGAGGACUUUGAGUCAUGUGAACAACGGCGUUAUGUGCAGAGUGCCAGGUCCCAGGUCCACAGUACAUGCUGGGCCCUGAUGGGCCUGAUGGCUGUGCGGCAUCCCGAUGUCGCUGCUCAGGAGAGAGGAAUCAGAUGUCUGCUGGAGAAGCAGUUCCUCAAUGGAGACUGGCCUCAGGAGAACAUCUCUGGGGUCUUCAACAAGUCCUGUGCCAUCAGCUACACAAGUUACAGGAACAUCUUCCCCAUCUGGACCCUGGGCCGCUUCUCCAGCCUGUACCCUGAUAAUACCCUUGCCGGCCACCUUUGAAUGCAUGUCUGCCUAUGCUGCAGCUGCCCAGCAUCAUCACCAUGCAGGCCCAGGCGAGACUGGGGUUUCUUGGCUAGGUGGUAGGAGCCUCCUUAGCCCUGAUUUAGGCCUUGCUCUCUUUUCUGUAGACAUGAAGCUGGGGAUAGGGUCAGGUUGGUGUCUCUAGGCACUUGUCAGUGUAUGUUUAGUUCUGAGACUAGCUCCCACGAGAAAGGGAACCAGAUAAACCUUGAAAUCCAAGGAAGCACACUGCACCCUACAGCUCGUGGGUACAUCCUUCUUGAAUGAGUGAGACUAGAGUUUUUAUGACCAAUGACUUCCUUGUGAGGGGAGCAGCUGGCUUCUUCACCUCCCCCUUUGUCUACUGUGCAAUGGGCCUCUGACCAGACUCCUGUUUGCUGGCCUGGCAGAGUUCUGGCAACCCAAUGGUGCUGGUAUACUCAGAGAAAGGCUCAGUGGGGAGUGAGGCAGGGCCCUUCUUUACUGUGUCCUGAGCAGUGGCUGUUGGUCUUGAAAUACUAGUUUUCCAGAAAGGAAAUAUGAACUUGCUUUAUACUAAAAAUGCCACCAAAAGUGAUUUAAAUGACCACCGACUCCCUUAAUAAACAGACAUUUUGGGACUGGAA